AUGCCCUUCCCAAAGACAGAGGGAAAGUUGGUUUACGCCUACGAUGCUGAAAAGGUUUGGGUUGAACCAUGGGGCCCCAACGCAUUCCGAGUUCGAGCCACCAAAGCCCGUGAGAUGCCUACGGAGGACUGGGCUCUGCUGAAACCAGAAGAUACCGAUGUCAAGAUUACCUUCGAUGAGCAGGGUGGCACCAUCACCAACGGCAAGAUCAAGGCAACCAUCACAACAGGUGGAAAGCUUUUAAUGUGGAAUGACAAAGGGGAACUGAUUCUCGAGGAGUACUCAAGGCAUCGUCGGGAUGUCCUGGACCCCAAGUGCAGUGCCCUUGAUGUUGAGGCUCGCGAGUUCAUGGCGAUUGUUAACAGCAAUGACUAUCACCUGACCGCCAGAUUUGAGAGCGUCGACCCGGACGAGAAGAUCUAUGGAAUGGGUCAGUAUCAACAGAGUUUCUUCGACAUUAAGGGCCACGAUCUGGAACUCGCCCACCGCAACUCCCAGGCCAGUAUUCCGUUUGCAUUGUCAUCGCUCGGCUACGGAUUUCUCUGGAACAACCCGUCUGUGGGAAGAGCUAUUCUUGGACGAAACAUUAUGAGUUUCGAGGCCAAAUCCACAAGGGCCCUAGAUUACUGGAUUGUGGCCGAAGACUCACCUUCCAAAAUCGUCGAGGCAUACGCCGACGCCACCGGAAAGGUUCCAAUGAUGCCAGAGUAUGGUCUAGGGUUUUGGCAAUGCAAGUUGCGAUAUCAGACUCAAGAGGAGCUUCUUGAGGUUGCUCGAGAAUACAGAAGACGUGAGCUACCGAUCGACCUCAUCGUGAUCGACUACUUUCAUUGGCCGAAGCAGGGCGAAUGGAAGUUCGACCCAACAUACUGGCCCGAUCCAGACGCUAUGAUCAAGGAGCUGCAAGAGCUCAAGAUUGAGCUCAUGAUUUCGAUUUGGCCGACAGUCGACCAUAAAUCCGAGAACUGGGACGAGAUGGUCGAGAAGGGAUAUCUCAUCCAGUCUGAUAGGGGCAUUCGUAUCGCCAUGAACUUCCAAGGGGACACCACGCAUUUCGAUGCCACGAAUCCAGAGGCGAGAGAUUAUGUCUGGAAGAAGGCCAAACAGAAUUACUAUGACAAGGGCAUCCGUGUCUUCUGGUUAGAUGAGGCCGAACCAGAGUACACCGUGUACGACUUUGAUACCUAUCGAUAUCAUGCGGGAUCCAAUGUUUCCGUCGGCAAUAUCUAUCCCGUCGAGUAUGCUCGAGCAUUCUACGAAGGAAUGGAGGCAGAAGGUCAGCAGAAUAUCGUCAACUUGAUCCGCUGCGCUUGGGCGGGAAGUCAAAAAUACGGUGCACUUGUCUGGAGUGGCGAUAUUGCUUCUUCGUGGAGCAGUCUGCGAAACCAGGUAGCAGCCGGCCUCCACAUGGGUCUUUCCGGGAUCCCUUGGUGGACCACGGAUAUUGGAGGCUUCCACGGUGGUGACCCUCGCAAUGAGAAGUUCCGCGAACUGUUCGUUCGUUGGUUCCAAUGGGGUGCAUUCUGCCCAGUGUUCAGACUUCAUGGAUGCCGCGAGCCAGAGCAGCCUCAGCAUGGUACAACCGGAGGUGCUGAGUGCCACAGUGGUGCGCCGAACGAAGUAUGGUCAUAUGGACCUGAGGUCUAUGAGAUCUGCAAGAAGUAUAUGUUCCUUCGCGAGGAGUUGAGAGACUACACAAGGACCUUGAUGAAGCAAGCUCAUGAGAAAGGAACGCCUGUCAUGCGGACUCUGUUUUAUGAGUUCCCGGAUGAUAAAGAAACUUGGAGCAUUGGUCAGCAGUACAUGUUCGGUGACAAGUACCUGAUUUGUCCUGUCUUGCACGCCGAUAAGAGGAGUAUCAAGGUUUACCUGCCCAAGAUCGAUGGCAAGUGGAAGUCGCUUCAGAAAGGCAAAGAAGACGCAUACGAGGGUGGUCAGUGGAUCGAGGUCGACGCACCCUUGGAUUGGAUGCCGGUAUUCAAGAGAGAGUAG